GAGAUACCCUGCAAAAUCCUAUCAGUUGUGGGUUCCAAAUGCUUGUUUGAAUGCUUGUUGGUCUCAAAUGCUUGUCUGAAAGCUUGUUGGUACCAGACUUCACGGUUCAGAUGAACAGUGUAUUUUUCAUGUAUCUUUUGGGAAUAACAGAUCAGUACAACUGGCGCUUUGCAUGCGCUCCCAACAUUCGCAGAACAAUGGCCCAUGAUAGCGUCAACCUCAACAACUGAUGCCACAACGAAUUAGCGCGGUAACUCAAUGCAUCACUGAUCUUGCUUUAGGUCUUCAUUCACAACAUCAAUCGUAUCCAAAUAUGAUAUAAAUAUGAUGGUCUCCUCGCCCUUUCGAGCGACCAUGAUACACACAUUCACAUCGACUCCACACAGUACACCACUCAUCAAACACAAUCAAUCGAUCCAUUCGAGGAUGAAGCUCUCUAUCUUUGCUAGUAUUGUCGGUCUCGUUGGAAUAGUCGCAGCGCAAACCGGUUGCGAGAACCAAGCUGACCCCGAUCAUGGUAUUGGGAAUUAUUGCUAUUGUUCAUCUACUGGUGGAUGCUAUGCCCAUAGCGUCGUCAACGGAAAUGAAGUUUGCAACCCUCCUGGUGCUUCAAUCCCAUGCCCGGAUUAAGGUUAUCUUGCUGUUACUAUGUGAGAAGGUUCAGAUAGGAUUCGCUACCUCCGCGGAUUCAAAAGUUGUGUGCCAUUGGUAGAAACGGACGACUUGGUAGAAAUCGCAGAUAGUUGUCUCGCUCUUAUCAACUGAAAAUUGC